AUGCUUUUAAUAUUGAAAAGCAAUGCUUACUUCGACUCGACGCCCGACUAUUGGUUGAACUCUAACCGCGAGACUCGAGACCAACAUAUAGUUCGCAACAAACAAAUCGAAAACACAGUUUCGGCUCAUUUGACACAAGUGUUGUCGUGUCGGCUCAGGGAGGGAUACACCAUCAAGAGUGUGAACUAUACUCCCAAUGACAACCAAAUAGAAGUGCGUCUUCUGCUGCCGUAUAGGCAUAACGUCAACAUUGAGUACAAUCUCACCUCAACUUUGCCCUCAAAGUCUCCGCCCGCUGACGGCGAAGAAAGUGCACCCGAAUGUCAGUAUGAGGUGAUAGUUGAGGGCAAUUAUAAUUUCAUACAUGACGUGACCUGUGCCAUUAAAAAGCCCAUUAAAAGUGCUUACCGUUCGGCAACAAUCAAUCAAUUCUGGACUACUAUUAAAAGUUUAACGGAAUCAGACAAACAUGAAAUACAUUUACAUAACUUUACGCGUAACGCCUGGAGUCGGAACAUUCCCGAGAGCAUCAAGAAUGGAGUUCCCCUUUUCUUUAUGCCUCCCAACUCGUCCGAUGCGGUCAUUUCAUCGAAAAACAUAGUCCACUCACAGUUCGCUCAGUACUGGAAAUGGAUGCUCGGUGUGAAUGUGUGUGAGAAAUGGAUGCAUACCCACCGAAUCCAUGUUAUACUCGAACAUGACUUUCCACUUCCCAAACACCUGUAUCUGCCGAACACGAGCGGCCGAUACACUAACGUCCAGUGCCGACAAGCGCUGUCAUCAUUGAGUGUCUUAUUGACUGAAUCCAGUUCUUUCGUACUCCUCGAGAAUCACAGUUACAUAAAAUUGUUGCAAAAUGCAGCGAAUGAAAGCCCCCACUCUUUCUAUUUAAUACGUGUGGUAUCCCAACCCCCGUGUAUUGUCAUUCAUUUGGCUUUUAUUGGCGGAACCUGUGGCCGAUUGCGACACGAUGUGAGACCAGACAUGACCGCAUAUACUAUUGUUUGCGAACUCAAAGAACGGAUCAAAUCGUGUAAAUUUCCCAAAAGGAAUAUCUCUUCACUUAAUUACCAAAAGUCAAAGAACUCGCAAAUGAAUGAUAUGAACGACACUAAUGAGGGAAAUAAGAGCGAAAGGAAGACACCGUCUCCUCUGCAGAGACAAUGGAUUGAUGUUAACUGUUGUGUUGUUAUCGAUAAACCCAUUGAGAAGAUACUUAUCCGUUACGACCGAAUUCCCAAUGAUUUCACACAAAUAAACGAAAGGAAAUCAUUCUUUCAAAACCAUUUGAACGGCUCUAACACCAGCCAUACCUCACAUACUUCUAAUCAAAACCUAUCGUCACUUAAUAUGUUUCAAACGUUGAGUCGCUAUCUAUAUCAUCAGCGAUGGAUUUGGGCCACAAAUUAUGGACCAAAUUCGAGGCUCACGUCUUCAUCCUUACGAAAGAUUUUGUCGGUUCUGACGAAAAUGCGAUUACAAGAAGGCUUUCAUUUCGCGCACAACGACUCUGGGAUUCUGAAUAUGAUUCAGGAGUUAUCGAUGAAAGACCACAACGACUGUCACUUCUCAUGUGUCGUUCAAUACAUUAUAUUUCCUUCGCAUACCAUCACUGCAUCUAAAGAG